UUAGCUCUCGCCACGUGAUGCAAUAUGUUAUGAUUUUAAACUUUUUUCUUUUCCUGGUUGAAGGUUCUGUUUAAUCUCCUAUUUAGAGCGUAGCAUGUGGAUUCUUUAGAAAUAUUAACAGAGCACUGAUUGGAGGACAAUUCAAACCGCUAUCUCACUAAAAAUAUGACUUUUAAAGUGGGUGGCCGCCGGCCGGAGAGCUUGGUAUUUGAAUUUUAGCGCUACAUUAAAAAUACCAUAAACAUACAGUUAAUAAGGAACAGUGUGUGUGAUGAGUACAUCACCAGGAGCCAUGUUACAACAGUGCCCACUGCUGCUGCCUCAAGACCUGCAUGGCAGAGUGUAUGAUGGAUUCCUCAGUAUCCAGGAUAAUGAUUUUCGCAUUAGAAUUAUUUUGCCAACAGAUUUGCAUCUGCAAAAUGCAAGGGUACAGUGCAGUUGGCAGUUGAAGAAAGCGCUACAUGGAUAUCACCAUAUAAUAAAGCAGAGAUUGCAACAGAGUCCUAAUCUAGUAAGCUUUAUGAUGGAAUUAAAGGCAGUAUUGGAAGUUGCCUUGAAGAACACAGGAGAACUGCAAGCUCCACCUGCUCCCCAAUAUUAUUCCUGCCUUGUAAAAGACUUUGAGAUUUUGGGAUGGGAUAAAUUAUCAUUUGUAGAUACCGACUUCAGUACCAUCAAGUUAAAAAUUGAAGAUUCAUCUGGACGUGAGCACUUAAUCACAUUAAAAUUAAACUCAAAGUAUCCGACUGAAGGUCCAGAUUGCUGUGUAGAUUUCCCAAUUCCCUUUUCAGUAUCCUGGACACCACAGAAUUCCUUGCAAAACAUUUAUAACCAAAUUUUAGGGACAUUGGAAUCACUGAAAGGUUUUUGGGAUGCAUUGGAUGAAAUAGAUAACAAGACGUGGGUAUUGGAACCAGAAAAACCAACACGCAGUGCCACAAUCAGGCGGAUUGCAAUAGGUAAUAAUGUGUCAAUCACAAUUGACGUAGAUCCUAGACAUCCAACUAUGCUUCCGGAAUGCUAUUUCCUUGGUGCUGAUCAUGUGGUAAAUCCUUUACGAGAUAAAUUGAAUUCCAAUAUUCAUUUAUGGGAUCCAGAAAACAGCAUACUGCAAAAUUUGAAAGAUGUAUUGGAAAUUGAAUUCCCAUCUCGCUCUAACUUAGAAAAGACUGAUUUCAGUAUGGAAUGUGGCAUAUGCUAUGCAUAUCGACUGGAUUCUGCCAUUCCAGAUCAGGUGUGUGAUGAUCCAAGAUGUGGUCAGCCGUUCCACCAAGCAUGUUUAUAUGAGUGGUUGAGAGGUCUGCCUUCCAGUAGACAAAGCUUCAACAUUAUAUACGGUGAAUGCCCUUACUGCAACAAGCCUAUUACACUGAAGAUGUCAACCAAGAAAUAAUAAAACAGCUGUUUAAUAGACAACCACCAUUUCAAGCAAUGGAACAGAGUCAUUAUUAAAAAUAAUAUAAUGUAAGACAUAUCAUUAACAAAAGAAUAGAAAUUACAAAAACAUAUUGAUAUACACUUUCUCUGUCUUGGUGAUGUUUUUCAUCUUCAUAUGAAAUUGAAUAUUCUUGCAUAACUGGUAGAUUUUGUAUAUUGUUUCCAUUUUCUGUAGCUGAGGAUAAUGUUAGUCUCUGAUGAAGACCUCCAUUUAAUGUUUUCUGUAAAGAAAUAAUGUUAUAUAAUGCAUUCUCUAAGGUAUGUUCCAAGCAGUGUUUGAAUCCAUGAAACACAAAGCACUAUUAAAGCACAAACGUAAAUUUCAGCUUGAAACACUAAAUGAUGUAUUUGUAAACAGUACUGUCGCAACUUUAUCUUCUACUUUCAAAAAUGUGCAUGUGGCUACUAUGAAAAGCAUACAAGGUACCAAUAUAACCAAAUACAUCAUCAAGUUUAUAUUACAAAUUUACUUUGUGUCCAUUCCUAAAAUAAUACAAUAUGAACGGUGUGAGUUUUGGUCAACCAAUGUAGCCAUUUGAAAACCAUAUUGUACAUUAUUUAAAAAGGCUGCUCAUCACCUGGUAGCCCUUGAAUUCAUUGCUUCAGUAUAGGAGGGUAUUUUAUAUCUUCAGUAUAUAAGAUGGUUCAUCAAGUGGGUUGUAUGUAUGCAUUUGUAGAUGUGUUUCUCUAGUUUAAUAUUACAUUACCAACCAUCAGAGAAUACUGUGUUCAUUAAAAAUGUAUUGUAAUGUCAUUUGGAUUUAGUUUUAAUCUCAACCAUUGUUAUUAAUUUAUAAAGACACAAUACUAUCCA